AUGGAAUGUUUCCGAAUUGAAUUCGAAUACUUCAAAUUCGAAAAAAUGCUCAUCAAAACGUUUGGAGCUCCAUAUUUUCCACCAGGGAGAGCCGACAAAUAUGGUCAAAAGUGGUUUUUCAGAACUUCGAAUCCUGAAAAAAUUCUGGAAAUUCGAUUUCAUUCUGGAAAUCGGAAUAUUUGUUUCCAGAAGAUUGACGGUUUCAAUUUGCCAGAUAGAGCUAUUUUACAGUAG